UAGACCGUAUUCAAACCCCCCGGCUCCAGUGGAUGCUAUUCAACCAGGCGGCUGCUCUCAACUUCGACGAAGACGAGUGCGGCAAGAUUGGUUGGUUGGAUGAUCUGUUUCUCUGGUGAUGUCUGGCACACUGUGGCUGGCUGAUGGUUCAUAAUUUUUUAAAAUCAAUCAGAUUGAUCAGUCAAUCUAAAAAGGCCCUUGGGUUGCCUAUUUUCUAUAGCCAUUGCAUCCGUGAUUCAAAAUUUGACUUGAUGAAAAACAUGAAUGCUGAAGUUGCGUCUAGUUUGCAUACUUAUGCCUCAAAUGCAGAAUCUGACAACGUAGAUUCUGUACCAGGAAGUGAAAAUUCUAACACUGUAUCCAUGAGCGUUAAAUCCACCCCUGACAUUGAAAAGAAGUAUGUGCACCAUGUUUAUGAUGCUAUUGCUCCCCACUUCAGUUCGACCCGGUUUGCCAAGUGGCCGAAGGUUGCCUCAUUUUUGUCAUCUUUGCCAUCAGGGUCUCUGAUCCUCGAUGCAGGCUGUGGCAAUGGGAAAUACUUAGCUUUAAAUCGUGAUUGCUUUUUUAUAGGAUGUGAUAUAAGCCCUCCCUUGAUUAAAAUUUGCUCAGAUAGAGGGCAUGAAGUUCUGGUUGCAGAUGCUGUAAAUCUCCCUUACAGAACUGAUUUUGGUGAUGCAGCAAUAUCUAUAGCUGUGUUGCAUCAUUUAAGUACUGAAAAUAGACGGAGAAAAGCAAUAGAAGAACUAGUACGGGUUGUCAAAAGGGGUGGCUUUGUCCUGAUAACAGUUUGGGCUGUAGAACAAGAGGAUAAAUCAUUGAUUAGCAAAUGGACUCCACUUGCAGAGAAGUAUGUUGAGGAGUGGAUAGGCCCAGGAAGUCCUCGUACCCGGGGCCCUUCAUCCAUAACAUUAGAAAGUAUUCCAGAAUAUGAGUUGAAUAGCUUAGGUGAGCACCUCGAAGUUUCCCAGGAGCAUUCAACCCAGGACAUCCAGGAAACCCCGGAUCUAAUUAAUCAGGAUCAAAAUGUGUUGGAGGUGAAGGAUGAAAAGAAUAUAAAGAACAAACAGGAAUAUUUUGUUCCUUGGCAUUUACCUUAUCAUCGUGCUGAGAUCAGUGGUGCAUCUGCCCAUGCUCUUGCUACUGGUCUUGCAACAAAAGAUGACAAAAAGGGUGCUGUAGUGUAUAACAGAUAUUACCACGUUUUCAGAGAAGGGGAGCUGGAAAGGUUAGUAUCUGGAAUAAACAAUGCUAAAGUUGUUGAACAGUUUUUUGACAAAUCGAACUGGUGUAUCAUCCUGGAGAAGACAUUAUGAUCAAGAAAGAAAUCUAGCUGAUACGUCCAUAGCUUAAUUGUAUCAUUAAGCCAUUGUUCAUCUGCGGCAGCACCAGGGCAGAUAACAAAGGGAAGCAAAAAUUGAAGAAUGACCACAUUUUGCAUUUUCAUCUGCAAUUUUGGAGCUCUGUUUUCCAUAUCUGUGCGAGGUAAUUGAUAAUCAGUUCAGCCGAUCACUUGUAUCAGUUCGACUUAGAGGGGUGAGAUUAUUCAAAUUUGUAUCGUAAUUCGACUCUGAGAGCCUGUAAUUUGGACAUUGAAAGGGGAUUUGCUGGUUGCUUCAGCAUACUGAAGGAGCGAUUGCUUGCAAGUAAGCGGUGAAAAUGAUAAAUUAGUUACAUUGAUUUGAAUUAUGGAAGAAGCACAUUUCCAUCAUCUAAUCAUCAUGGAUUUUAUGCUUUGGCCAAAAAA